UUGAGCAUAUACCUUCCUGUGCCAAACCAUUCAUGACUCACAUGAAGCCUUCUGGGCCAGAUGAUCAUAUGGUGUGUUGCUAUUGUCAAAAUCCAAUUAAAAAGUCGGAUAUACUUGCGAGUUCAGCAGAUACUCAGAAAAAUGAACAAACAGGAAAUAAUUUGACAGAUUUUGAUAAAAUAAAUGAUACUGAAGAUUCAACAAAUGAGGAGCCUAAGGCAAAAGCUCCAAGACUUGACAGUGGCACAGUGAAUUCAGGCAAUUCCAUUGAACACAAAGAUGGUGGCAAUAUAACUGCAUCAAAAAGGCAGAGCUGUAAAAAGUGCACUUUAUCAGCUGGUGUGAUAGCUAGCAAUCAAGAUUAUUCCCCACAAUUCUGUCAAAGCAUAGAUCACUAUUUGGAAAAACAACCAGAGGAAUAUCUAGAAAAAUUCUUGUUGCCAGAGAAAGACCUAAAAAGAUUUAAAGUUAUGGAUAUUGUGCUACCAAGUUCCAGGAAAAGUUGCUGUUUUACUAAAAGAUAUGGUCAUUACAUGGAAGGAGCUGGAUCCAUGCUCCAGAUGGUUUGGGGGGAGGAGGUGAAUACAAGCAUUUUGAAAGAUGACAUGAUACCAGAAAAGGCAAUUGAGUAUAUGGAUGAUAUCAAGAAGCUAAAAUUAAGAUAUUUCACUCCAAGAGAAAUUGCCAACUUGAUGUGUUUUCCAAAGGAAUUUGAAUUCCCAAACAAGUUGAGCAGGAAGCAGUGCUACAGAGUUCUUGGGAACAGCCUUAAUGUCCAUGUAGUGGCAGUAUUAAUCAAGCUGAUGACUAUGAAUGGUGUACAACAAAAUGACAGUUAAAAAACAAUGGACAAACAGAACAAUAUUGGCUGUGGCAGUGACCAAGUUUAUACUAUGUUGAUUUACACCGAUAACCUUUGCUGCAAUACAAUGGGUGCUUUUACAAUAAACAAAUCUAAAUCA